AUGGGGGACGCAGGUAGCAGCACGGUCAUUGAAACGAUGGCGAGCUGGGUUGGAAAUGAAAAAGUGAGGGGGCGGCUUCAGCGGCGCUUCUUCCGGUCGUUCCUCCCGUCGUAUCAGGUCCUCGGACUCGCCGCAAUCGUGCUGUUUGUCAUCAAUGUGCAGUUGCGCUCGGAAAAGGUUUCGUUGCAGGGGGGUUUUGAGCAGAGCACCGCGCAGUCACUGCAAAAUCGGGAAAGGGAGGCCCUGACGGCAGUGCGUUCGAGCCGGCACUUGAGCAGCAGCAUGCACAGUAAGGAAUUGUUGGCGGGGGCCCUAGACUCUGUCGAGAAAAGCGCACCCGAGUGGAGCAUCCCUGCACGAACGCUGCCGCCCGUGCCUACCCGCAAUGUCCAGCACGCAAUCGAGUCUCGAACGCUCCGCUUCCUCACGUGUAACGGCUUUGCCAACCAGCGGUUGGCUCUCGUGUACGGGAUCGUGAUUGCAAAGCUGACGGACAGGAUCCCAGUUCUGCCAGAUUUCCUCUUGAACGGCCUCCAGAGAAGCGAUGCCUGGAUUGUGGAUACGAUCAGCAACGGCUCUGUGCCAAUGUCAGAAGUCUACAAUGUUCAGGAGUUUAGGAACGGGCUUGCCUCCAGGUUGGGAAUGCAGGUCUUGACCCCGGCAGAGGCCCCCCCACUAAGCGAGUACGUGAAGGUCUCGUUUGAGGGCGUCACUGACACCGUCGCGAGCACGGAGAGGAAGCACGAUCUUCAUGUCGCGAUCGAGUGCGCGUUCCUGCGGCUGUCAAGGGAUGUGAUCAAAGAGAAUGAGGAGCUCUUCUGGGCAGUAUUGGAAUCCCUCCAGCCCGCAAAGCAGUACGAGGAGAUCGUGUCCCAUGCAGUAGCGACACUGGCUGAGGGGGGGCGCAAUGGAGCUGAGCCUGUGGGCGACGGAGAUGGUGCUGGCUUCUCCUUUCUGCACAUGCGGGCCGAAAACGACUGGCUCGCACAUUGCCGGCGCUGGGAAAGCAUCCCCGACGGCCGGAUCCGUAACAACUGCCUCACAAACACGUGGACGGUGCACGAGGCUCUGCUGGCGAAACGCGUGUCCCCUUCUCGACCCCUCUACGUGGCCAGUAUGUGGUCCGACAUCGACCCAACAAACCGCGACCUUAUCUUCAGCAACCUGGAAAAGGCGGGAUUCAAGGUUUACACUCAGGAGGACAUUCUGCCGGAGAUGGCCGUCCCUCUCUCGCGCGAACAGAGCGCGCUGGUCGACUUCUACAUCGCCCUCGCGUCCGAGAAAUUCAUGGGCAAUUCCGUCUCGAGCUUCUCCGCUCUGCUCAUCUACGAGCGGACCCGGGCGGAAAAAUGGGCGAGCUGGUACAACGGCGGAAACAUCCCGCUCGACGACUUUAUACCCGUGCUCAGGCUUCCUUGGGUCUUCACCUAUAACGGAUGGAGCCAAAAGUACGACUACAUGCUCAAGGCUGCGGUCCGGUCCGCGGCUCGGUUUGGCACGCUGGCGCCGUAUUGCCUCUUUUCGGGCAACCGCACAGCGGAGAUUCACCAGUGGCUGGUCGCCCAGAACGUGCGGAUCAUCUACCAUAACCCCUCGUGGGCCACGCAGAUUGCGCGGCUCCUAGGAAAGGAGAACUUGCGCACGUCGCACUUGUACGCGAACCCGGAAAUGGCGGUGGGCACGUGGCAGCGGAUCGACAUCCCGAUCGUUCCGGAGUUGGAGCAGUUUGAAUACGUACUGUUUACGGACUCCGACGUCUACUUCCGGCGCGCGCUGAGACUCUCCGACUUCGGCCUUCCAUUGCCGCCGGCCAUUGGGAUGGCGUCGGAAGCGAAAGACGUUUUCCCGUACAACGCUGGGAUCAUGCUGAUGAACUUGCCAAGGCUACGCGUCACUUACGAUCGGUUCCUCAGCUUCGUUCUGGGCAACAAGAACGGGCUCUUCUUCUCGAACUACGGGCCCCAGGAUCAGGGGGCCUACAACCAAUUCUACGAAACGGAGGUAAAGCACACCAAGCUGCCCCAGACGUUUAACGCCAAGCCUUACCACGAGCACCGGGACACUGCGUUUAUCGUCCAUUUCCACGGGCCAAAGCCGCACGACUUCUCCGAGUUUUUCAAGACCGGCGACUGCAUCUUCCGGUACCGGGACGACACGGAGGUCGUUAAUACCCUAUGCGAGUUGGGCAUCAAGCGCGCGUACUGCACUUACAUACGGGAGUGGCUCCCUUUAUACGAGUCCGGGGAUUCGGUGGAUAGCGGGUUCAGUCCCGGGUGCUCGCUCGAGGUGAAGGUCUUGACCCAGGUGGCUAGGCGCAUUGCCUGGUAA